UUUUAUUCAUGCUAAUUUAAUUCCAAAUUGUUAUUUGCUAAUUUUAGUUAAGUGUCAAAUUAACACAUAAUUACAACCAAAAUGCGAUGCGAAUGAAAUGAUAUAAUGCAUAAUAAAUAGGGGGAGCAGUAUCCUGUAUCCUCUGGAAUUCUAAAUCGCUAAGUCGCCGCUGAUUGGCUGUUGAGUUUUGACCCUUGUUGGGAUGGACCUGUUGGAUAAAAGGAGAAUUUCUAGAGGGAUCAUGCGUAUUGCGCCUCGGAUGCCUGUGCACAGGGGACCGACUCGAAAGCAAAGAAGGGAAUAGUCUCAGAGGCACAAUGACAGGAAAGGAUGGGGCUGUUUUGUCGGAAAGUUUGAACAAAUCAAAAUCGCUGUGUGCCACCGAGAACGGGGGAAAUAACAAUCCACAUCUGUCAAAGAGCAGCAUCACACAUCCGCCAAAAUGCACGGGUUUCGGCAUUCAGGAGAUCUUGGGACUAAAUAAAGAGCCGUCCUCGGCCCCACGGAGCACACUGGACUCCUUCCCCGCCGGGGCGCACCUUCUGGCCAGCAGGUCGAUGCUCGGUCCGGCUGGUGUCGGUGUUGGGGUCGGGAUGGGAUUAAUUGGGCCUGGAGGUAUUCCGUCUUUCUACAGUCAGCCCGCGUUUCUGGAGGUUCUGUCAGACGCGCAGAACGUGCACCUCCAGCCGCUCAGCAGGACGGUGGGGCCGCUGGAACAUAACCAGUCUGCCAGCUCAGAUUCAGAUGAUGUCUCUUCAAGUGAAAGGAAAAUGUCAAAGUCUUCACUGAGCCAGAGCAAGAAGAGAAAAAAGAGACGACACAGAACAAUAUUUACAUCUUACCAGCUGGAAGAACUGGAGAAAGCUUUUAACGAGGCUCAUUAUCCGGAUGUGUACGCCAGAGAAAUGCUGGCCAUGAAAACCGAGCUGCCGGAGGACAGAAUACAGGUGUGGUUUCAAAACCGGAGGGCCAAGUGGAGGAAGCGGGAGAAGUGUUGGGGUCGCAGUAGCGUGAUGGCGGAAUACGGGCUCUACGGCGCCAUGGUGCGUCACUCUAUCCCUCUGCCCGAGUCUAUACUCAAAUCUGCUAAAGAUGGCAUCAUGGACUCCUGUGCCCCCUGGCUUCUAGUACAAGAUGGUUUUCCUACCACCAGCUGCUUUUCUAAACACGAAUACCCACCAUUCUUUGCAGGGAUGCACAAGAAGUCCUUGGAGACGGCUGGGCACCAAUCAAACGAGAAGUCAGAUGUCACUCAGACACCGACCAAUCCCAAACCGGACGAGGCCGAGGCUGAGGAAAGGAGGACAGAGUCACCAAUGUCCAAAGAGGAACUGAGGGAGAACAGCAUUGCUGCUCUCAGGGCAAAAGCGCAGGAGCACAGCGCCAAAGUGCUUGGAACAGUUUCCUCAGAGAGACUAGAGCAUAACAUGGAGACAACGGUGACAGAGGAGAAGUCCAGCGAACAGAUAGACGCAAAAGAAGAGGAAAAGAGCUCUUAGAUCUUGCACUGUAACAGCAUAAAGCGUAGAAAAUGUCUGGGCUGUUUUCUCAUCCUCAACACUGGACUUUUAAUUCUUCACUUUAGCAGGUCAGCAGCAUUUAGAAAUGUACAGUAUUUUGAUAGUAGCAUUGGUUCAUCCAUGCAACAGGUUGAUAGCCUUUUUUAAACAGAGGCCUACAAAAAUCUCAGCCAUAACUUCUUUUUAAGAUCCUAGUUUUCAGUCACUUUUGUUAUGAGCCAUGUAUAGAUCAUCAUUUAAAUGAAGAAUUAGAAAUGUAUGAGACUGAACAACAUUUGUUUUGAGCAUCUGAGAUUGAGUUACAGCAGCUGCUUCAGUAUUUCAAUCACUUAAAAACACUUGACUUGGGCUUGUGCGUUAAAGACAGUUAUAUUAAUAGAUUUAAUUUAAUAUAUACACCUUACUCAAUAAAACCACAAAGCACAUUGUAAUAAGCCAUUCUAUUCCAUUCUAAGCCAGUUCUAUUAGGUUUUUCCCUAAAAUGAAAAUGUACUCAGCA